AUGUAUGCAGAGACGCAUUGUCGCACCGAACAUGCCUUCGGGAUCUGGCGUGACGGUGAGCUGCUGGACGGCUCGUUGUGCUCCAAGUGCCUGGAGCUUCAUGGCGUUCACGCACCAUGCACGCCUCCUAAGCCCCUUCCUGCGGAUGCGGUGUCACUUCCCCCUCGGUCAAUCAAAUCAGGAAUCACCGGUGCCCUCUCACUCCAUGAUUACCGCAAGUAUUUGUCGCAGUCGGCAGAGUGCGUGAGCGAUCCUGUCGAUCGGUCGGAGAAGACUCUUAAGCGCAAAAUGGCGACGUUAAAUUUGAACCGUUCACCUGCACAUACAUCAGUUCGUUCAUCUGCGGUAUCGGUAUCGUCUGCGGCCUCCAGCCCUCCACCGCUGUCACCAUCGUAUUCACAUAGCAUCAUCUCUUAUCAAAGCGAGCAGGAGCCGGAGCUUGCAGAGGCCUCCUUCGUCACCCUGCCACCAUCUCAGGGCCCACGAGUGCAUCUUGUCUCAGAAAAUGCGACACGUCCGAGACCAAACAGGAAGCGAUUGAACACGUUUCGUGAGAAACUCCAGCAGAACACCAUCCAAGCUCAGAGUGAAACUCAACAAUCUUCAUCUCUAUCCCGCCACCAAGCCUCAGGUCCGAUGCUGGCCAAUACGCAGGCCGUUGCCACCAUCUCUCAUGGAGGGACCUCUUUCGAGAUCUUGAACCCGCGAAAGUCUUUGGAUGUUGCACGCAUCGUUUCUUACAUCGAAGAUGUCGAUAGCUGCUCAGUCAUGUCGAUGGAUCCCCAUCGAGAGUCUAUCGUCUCCACCAAUCCUUACUCUUUGACGGACUCGGGCCUCGAUAGAGUUUCUCUCUCUCAGUUCACCGAUGCCUCUUUGCCAUCCCAUUACUCCACCCCAUCUCUGUAUACUACUUCUAUCUCUACGGGAUGCUCUACACCUAAGCGGCAAACAGCCGAUAUUCCCUCCUCGUCACCUGGUGUGCACGACCGAGUCCGUUCGCUCUCUGACUACUCUCUUCAUGACCAUGAUUACUGGGCCCAAGAUCGCCAAGUUGAAACCGACAUCCACGAUAACCAAAAUUACUAUGAUCUAGUUGGCGACCCGCCAAUCGAACGGAUGGCUUCUAUCUCUGAGCGCUUAGAAGAAACAGAACAGGAGCCGGACCUUGACCACCCGGAGCCCCAGGUGGCCCAAUCUCCCCAGCCUUCCUCGUUCUCGCAACCGACCUUCUACUCCGAGGGAAGUGAUAUCGGCGAGCCCGGCUCCCCAGUCUAUGCCAAUGGGGAAUGGGCGAGGGUUGAUGAGCGUGACCGCGGCAUCUUCCUCGAGCUCCCCCAUCAUCAUCCUCCACCUCGCCACCCCCAUCACCCUAUGACACCUACUACGCCAACACUAUGUCUCCCGGCUACGCGCAGCACUUCGACCCCUAUGACCCCAUCUAUUUUGAUCCUCAUGUCCACGGAGGUUUGGAAGCUCGGUGUCGCUCUCGGGCUCGAGCGCUGGGGAUGGGCUUUUGCGGAAGAACGAUCGAAAGCAACCGUCUCUCCAGAAGAAGAAGCUGCGGAAGUUUUUCAGCUGGCGCUCUGGGAACUGAAGCGAUCCUCGACCACCUGCUUUUUGUUUUGUGCCUUUGUUAUGAUGUGA